AUGUGUCUCUAUUGGCUCGACUUUAAGUUGUUGACAUGUGAGAGGCUCGAGGUAAAAUCGAUCGAAGGAAAAUUUAGGUAUAUCCAUAAAGUGAGCCGCCAUGGUGUUCAAGUCUUGAAAGAGACCUUUAUGGUUGGAUCUUAUGCACCUAAACAAGAACUUCAGAGCUACACUACCCCAGUCGAAGAAGCCCCAUCAGGUGCGUGACC